GGCUGCAGGACCAGGACUAUGUCCACCAUGGUGUACCCAAGGGAGGAGAAACUGGACAAGCUGAGCCAAGAGGAGAUCAUUUCCAACACCAAGCUGGUGAUGCAGGGGCUGGAGGCGCUCAAGAACGAACACAACUCCAUCCUGCACAGCUUGCUGGAGACCAUCAAGUGCCUGAAGAAGGAUGAAGAAGCCAACCUGGUGCACGAGAAAUCCAACCUGCUCCGCAAAUCGGUGGAGAUGAUCGAGCUGGGGCUUGGAGAGGCUCAGGUGAUGAUGGCGCUGUCCAACCACCUGAACGCGGUGGAGUCGGAGAAGCAGAAGCUGCGGGCUCAGGUGCGGAGGCUGUGCCAGGAGAACCAGUGGCUGCGCGACGAGCUGGCCAACACCCAGCAGAAGCUGCAGCGCAGCGAGCAGACCGUGGCUCAGCUGGAGGAGGAGAAGAAGCACCUGGAGUUCAUGAACCAGCUGAAGAAGUAUGAUGAGGAUGUCUCGCCUUCGGAGGAGAAGGAGGGCGACUCCACCAAGGACUCCCUGGACGAUCUGUUCCCAAAUGAGGAGGAAGAACACGGUCCUGGAUUGCCCCACCAGCACAGCAGCGCGGUGGCAGCUGCCCAGCAGGGAGGCUACGAGAUUCCCGCACGCUUGCGCACCCUCCACAACCUCGUCAUCCAGUACGCCUCCCAGGGACGCUACGAGGUGGCUGUGCCUCUCUGCAAGCAGGCGCUGGAGGACCUGGAGAAGACAUCGGGCCACGAUCACCCCGAUGUGGCCACCAUGCUCAACAUCCUGGCGCUGGUGUACAGGGAUCAGAACAAAUACAAAGAGGCAGCGCACCUCCUGAACGACGCGCUCUCCAUCCGGGAGAAGACCCUGGGCAAAGACCACCCGGCGGUGGCUGCAACUUUGAACAAUCUGGCUGUCCUCUACGGCAAGAGAGGGAAGUACAAAGAAGCAGAGCCCCUGUGUAAGCGAGCCCUGGAGAUCCGUGAGAAGGUCCUAGGCAAAGACCACCCCGACGUGGCCAAGCAGCUGAACAAUCUGGCCCUGCUGUGCCAGAACCAGGGCAAGUACGAGGAGGUGGAGUACUACUACUGCAGGGCCCUGGAGAUCUACGAGAGCUGCCUGGGUCCUGACGACCCCAACGUGGCCAAGACCAAGAACAACCUGGCCUCCUGCUACUUGAAGCAGAGCAAAUACAAAGACGCCGAGGUGCUGUACAAGGAGAUCCUCACCCGUGCUCACGUGAAGGAGUUCGGCUCCGUGGAUGAUGAACACAAGCCCAUCUGGAUGCAUGCGGAGGAGAGAGAGGAGAUGAGCAAGAGCAAGCACAGAGACAGCGCUCCCUACGCCGAGUACGGCGGCUGGUACAAGGCCUGCAAGGUUAGCAGCCCAACGGUGAACACCACCCUGAGGAACCUGGGCGCGCUGUACCGGCGCCAGGGCAAGCUAGAGGCAGCAGAGACCUUGGAGGAGUGUGCAGUUCGCUCCCGGCGGCAGGGCAUCGACCCCAUCAACCAGACGAAGGUGGUGGAGAUCCUGAAGGAGGGCGACGGCACAGAGAGGCGUCGGAGCCUGGGUGGCGGCGUCAAGUACGAGAAUGCCACAGACGGUAGCGAGGAAGUGAGUAUGGGCGUGGAAUGGAGCGGGGCUUAAAUGCCUCCCGAGACUCCCUCUUACCCCCUCCACCGCAGCCAACCACCUGGAUGUGUGUGUUGUUACCUUCCGACUUUUCCUCCACCACCACCAUCCCUCCUUCCUCGCCGAGAGCUCCGCGCCAGCCCCCCCAACCCUCCCGGCGCGCGAGGGCACCGCAGCGCCUGCAGAGGAGCUCCCGGCCCCCACGGGGCCCCGCUCCAGCCCCGUGGCCAGCAAGAGCAGGAAGGAUCUCCGUUUUGGGGCACGGAGGCCUGGCCUCGGCAGGCCCAUCGUGUGCCCGCUUGCUUUCUUCCCCCUCCCCCUCCCCCCCCAUAGGUUUUUUAGCUGAUUUUAGCACCCCGUAGCAAACCUGCGCUGGCCGUCCUCUCCCUGCAGCACGGGGCAGUCCCCGCAGUGCUCUCCUCCUCCUCCCCACAGCCCAGGAGGCUCUCAGCAGGGUUUUGGAUGUCCCUACCAUGCACCCCAGGUAUGGGGUGACAGCCAAGGGACACCUGGCUGCUGGCUCCUAACCCGAUGCUGUGGCUGAGCUGGCGGGGUGGCAGUAAGAGCAAGCGUCCCGUGGCUCCAGGGUCCCCGCACGUGGCUGAGAGGCGAGGGUGAAGCUGUUCUCUGUUUUUUUCGGAGGCAGAAGGAUGGGUAGGAGGAGAGCGGAGCUGCUCUCCGAGCAGGUACCAGUGGCUGAGGGAGAGAAGGGGCUGGUGUGAAGCACAGCAGGGGGAAGAAGGAGGUGCGAGGAAGGGUGUGAGGGAAGGAAGAGCACGAGGGAGAGGUGAGGGGGCAGGAGGGAGGUUUCCAGAGGAGGAGGAGGCUUUCCUGGGAAGGAGGAAGAGUUCAGAAACACGGGACCUGGCUCACGAGGCACGGUCCUCGGGGCUGCGACUCGCUGUCCUUAGCCACGUGGACAGGAAGACCCAAACCCUCUUACAGGGGCCACAGGGCUGACCCUGGGCUGGUGUGGGGACAGCUCAGCACCCGCAGGGAAAAAGCCAUCUUUUCCCAAAAGCAGCCCAUUUUGCCGUGAGCCCCAUACCCUUGGGUGCACGCCCCCAUCCCACCCGCUGCGGGGAGAGAGGAGCCUGGGGAGGCUGCGGGGAGCAGGGCAGAGCCUAGAGGCCAGCGCAGGAAUCCCCCCCCCCCUUUAUUUAUUUAGCUGGGUAGUUUCCUGCUUGUCACCUGGCAGUAAGAAACCUGCUCGUGUCUGCCUGAGCCUGGCUUUCCCCUGCUGCUGGUGGUGCUGGUGGUGGUGCAGAGGCCUCGGGGAGGCUCUCCUGGGAGCUUGUGCUUGCUGGAAAAGCAGGGGGCUCGUCCUCGGGACCACCACCACGGGGAUCUGAGGGCUGUAGGGCUGCGCCGUGGCCGCCUCUCCCUCCCACCACGUGCUCCUCGGAGCGCGGGGAGCCCCCACCCCCCCCCCAGCACCACCCGGCUCGGCGCUCUGCCGCGUCCCCAACCUGGUGCUGUACCCACUGUACCUCCUGAUUAAAGGCAGACAGACCCGAA